AUGCGCCUCUUUCUCAUCCCAAUCUCGACCCGGCGAGCAUUGAUCUACGCUCGACCACUGCGACGCGACGCCGCUAAGGAGCUAUCACUACUCGAUCGCACGACAAGCAAGGCGGCAGAAACAUGGGCGAAAUGGGAGGAAGCUGAGUCGGGCUGGAAGAAGCACCUUGUCACCUGGGGCAAUCGGGUUCAACAGCGCAUCCCCUUUGAAGAAUGGGGGCUCAAGAGCAUCCCAUCGCUCAAGGCACAACAGCGCAUAGAUGAGAAUCACGGCAGCAAGCAAAUUGACGUGCUCUUUCCCGGAAACUCGGUGCGCGUAGAGAACAUCCCGAACAUUCUACGCAAGAUCGCGACAGAGCGGCAGGAGUUUCAUCAGAAGAAAAUGUGGUGGAGCCUUGGCAUUGCUCCCUUUACAGCUCCAUUUGCGCUGAUUCCGGUGAUCCCAAAUAUUCCUUUCUUCUACCUGGCAUACCGAGGCUGGUCUCAUUGGCGCGCGUUGAAUGGCUCAAGACACCUCCAAUUCCUCGUGGAGAAGAAUCUCCUUAAUCCCACUUCCCUGCCCGAGCUAGAACAGCUAUACGCCAAGCGUGCAUCGCGUGUGCUGGAAGAUACCCCGAUCGAUACACCGUCAUCUGAGUUGGUCGAUGACAUCGAACAGAGCGAUGACCGCAUAUUGCUGAAGAUGUCCGACGCUAAGAAACUAGCCUCGAUCCUGGAUGCACCCGAACUGGCGCUGGAGGCUGAGCGGGCCAUUGUCCAGGUUACAGAGCAUCUUGAGACCCAGAAAAGGAAAGAGAAAGAGGCCCAGGCUGAGGAAAAGAAAAAGCCUUAA